AUGGUUCGCUCCCGCCGGGCGCGCGCCGCGCCGGCCGGCUCCACAUCGGCGGAAGGGCGAGCGGAGCCCGGUGGGGCGAUGGCCGGCGCGGGCAGGGAGGAGCUGGGCAUGGAAGUAAUGAAGCCUUUAAUUGAUGAAGAAGACUCAGAUGGCAUCUCAGAUGAAGAGCAUGAAAAUACUUUCCUGCCAGUUAAGACGCACUACCAGCUUGAUAAUGAAGAAGGCAUUACGUUUAUACAAACACUGACUCACCUCCUCAAGGGAAACAUUGGAACUGGGCUUCUUGGUCUUCCGCUUGCAAUAAAAAACGCUGGCAUUGUGGUUGGACCAAUCAGCCUUGUGUUCAUAGGAGUUAUAUCUGUUCACUGUAUGCACAUCUUGGUACGUUGCAGCCACUCUCUAUGUCAGAGGAUGAAGAAGUCCUCCCUGGGAUAUAGUGAUACAGUCAGCUGUGCCAUGGAAGUGGGGCCCCUGACUGCUCUUCAGAAACGAGCUUCUUGGGGCCGGUAUAUUGUGGACUUUUUCCUAGUGAUAACACAGCUGGGAUUUUGUGGCGUUUAUGUUGUGUUCUUGGCAGAAAAUGUGAAACAAGUCCAUGAAGGAUUCUUGGAAAGUAAGAUUGCUCCCAUGAACGUUAGUGCCACUGGCAGCUCCUCUGAGAAAAGGAAUACUGAUUUACGAAUAUACAUGCUGUGCUUCCUGCCAUUCCUGGUCCUCCUGGUCUUCAUUCGUGACCUUAAGAGCCUGUCCUUGCUUUCAUUGCUUGCCAAUCUGUCCAUGGCUGUCAGCCUGGUGAUUAUUUACCAGUAUAUUGUUAGAGAUCUAGCAGAUCCUCGAAAACUGCCACCUGUGGUUGGCUGGAAGAAAUACCCACUGUUUUUUGGGACUGCAGUAUUUGCUUUUGAAGGAAUUGGUGUGGUGCUGCCAUUGGAAAACAGAAUGAAGGACAGCACACGUUUCCCCCAGGCACUGAACAUUGGGAUGGCAAUAGUCAUGGCACUGUACAUCUCACUGGCCACCCUGGGGUAUAUGCGCUUUGGGGAUGAAGUCAAAGGCAGCAUAACUUUAAACCUGCCACAGGAUAAGUGGUUGUAUCAGUCUGUAAAAAUUCUGUACUCCUUUGGGAUUUUUGUGACAUACUCGAUUCAGUUCUACGUCCCUGCAGAGAUUCUGACUCCAGUUGUCACCUCCAGAGUGAGGCAGAAGUGGAAGUUACUCAGUGAGCUUGUGGUGAGAGCACUAUUAGUCUGCUCAACCUGUGCUGUAGCAGUUCUGAUCCCUCGCCUAGACUUGGUGAUUUCUUUCGUCGGAGCCGUCAGCAGCAGCACUCUGGGACUGAUUCUGCCACCUCUGGUUGAAAUCCUCACUUUCUACAAGGAAAACCUAAGUUUAUUGACAAUAUUUAAAGAUGUUUUUAUAGCUGUGGUUGGAUUUGUUGGAUUUUUAACAGGGACAUACGUAACGGUUGAAGAAAUCAUUUAUCCAGCAUCCACAGUUCUUGCUAAUGCAACAGGGAGCUUUCCUGAAGAUGUAAAUGCUACAGAUUUGGUGGUUGGGUUAAAGUAAUUAACCAGGCACUGUGAACUAUUUCAAUCCUUAACAAGAAAUUCUUGACUCAGGACCUGCUUUCAACUACUGGUACUGUGUAAAGAGGUACAGUUUGUAAGAUGUAGGAUAUACAUGUGAAAAUACAUUAUUUUUUUAGAAAGUAAUUAUAUAUCUCUUCUGGACUUUGAAUGAAAAGUUACAAGAUUUUGUUUUGUUUAUCAAAGCAAUAUUACUUUCAUGCAAAAACAUUCAACAUCACACAUGAUAAGCAGUUUAUUUUUGUACAUUUUGGUAACUGUU